CUAACGUUCACAAACGUUCAGCAUUGAAUCUCUGUCACUGUGACCUGUGUCUGCUAAUUGACUAGGGCAUAAUCUCCUUAUUAUAUUUCCUUUUCGUCUGACCCUACCUCGAAAAUCGUUUUUAACUACUGCGGGGACCUUCUCCAUCUAAAUUUCUUUAAAUAAAGCGCAGUGGCCCUGGACGCAAAUAUCUCACUUCCCCUAGAUGUCGCUGCAUAAUGACAGUAUUGACUCAAAGGAAGGUAAGGUCGAGGACCCAGUAGCUGUGGCAGACGAGCAAGUACUUUCGCAGUACACGUUCGCGGAGACGAAGAAGAUUUUACGAAGAGUUGACUUACAUCUCCUUCCUCUCCUCAUGUUGGCGUAUCUGCUCAAGAACUUGGAUUCCAACAUCGUCUCAUAUGUCAAGACCGUUAACACGGGCAAAUCUACGAAUAUCCUGAAGCAACUUCAUAUGACUACGGAUGAGUACGGAUACUUGUCCACUAUUUUUACGUGUACUUUCCUGGCGUUCGAAGUCCCUUCGAACUUGAUUCUAAAGUGGUCUACGCCUCGAUUACAUUUUUGUCGUAUCAUUUUCUUGUGGUCCAUAGCUGCUUGUUGCCAUGCUGCGGCGACAAACAAAGGCGGCCUUUACGCUGCCCGUGCUUUUCUCGGCCUCUUUGAAGCCGGUCUUUUCCCCGGAAUUCUCCUCCAAAUGACAUUCUGGUACCGUCCAGACGAACUCGCCUUCCGCAUGGCCAUGAUCACCAUUCUCGGACAAUUUAGCAAUAUCCUUGACGCUCUGAUUGCGUACGGCCUUGCCUAUAUCGACGGACGCCACGGUUUGUCAGGUUGGCAAUGGGCUUUCAUUAUCGUCGGCUGCAUAGGAUUCGUGCUCACGGCUUUCAUUUUCCUAUUUCUCCCUGAUUACCCCGAUUCUCCUCAGGGUCACCGGCAGUUCCUCACUUCAGAGGAAGGCAAGUUCAUAGUUGAUCGCCUUCCUUCUAACUCGCCCCGCCAAUCCGACGCCAACUUCAAUUGGGCUGAUGUUAGGGCAGCGUGCAAGGACCCCCUUACUUACGGAUUCAGUUUCAUCUUACUUUGCCAACAGACUGGUAUUGCUGGAUACACCUUCUGGUUGCCCUCAAUUAUUGCUGGCUACGGAUUUACAACUACGACGAAUGCUCAGCUGCUUAAUAUUCCCCCUGCCGCUAUAUAUAUCAUAUCCGCGCUUUCAUUUGCUUGGAUUUCUGACCAUACCUUCAAAAUACCCCGGCCCGUGUACAUGCUCGUUUCUCUCGUCGUUCUUAUCGGUACUUUUAUUGGUCUCGCCGUGUGUCGGAACAAUGCAGGUCUUCUGACGCUCAUUCUCCUCACCGCGAUGCCCUACGCAAUAUACCAGACGAUGAUAUUUCCUUGGCGUUCCCAGAGCACCAAAGGAUCAUCUUAUGCCUCUUUUGCGUUCGCCUUCCAGAAUAGCGUGGGCCAGAUUGCAAGUAUUUUUGCUGCCCAGAUUUUUCAGUCGAAGUAUGCGCCAAGAUAUACCAUCCCUUACAUCGUGUGCAUCAUAUUCUUUUCGCUUGCGUUGUUUGCCGUCCUCUUUACGUGGUAUUUCAGUUAUGGUACCGAGAAGGAGAAUAGGCGCCUGGCAAAGGAAAGGAGGACGGCAGGGAAAGUAGACAACGUUGUCGUCGUAUAGAUAUUGGCGCGUUCUCAGACCUCCGAUUCUAUCUUCAGGGGGUUUGUGGUGGAUAUUUCAACGGUUAUAGUUUUCCAACAUAGGUCGUUUCAUGAUUCUUCAUUUCUGUUCACGCGUGUAUCGAGGAGAUACGUCUUCCUCUUCUUAUCUUACUUACGGCCGUAUUCAAAGACUGCGA